AAACAGUAAUCAUGAGGUAAGAAUAAGCAAAUAGGGAAGCGUGCCAGUCUCUAACAAAAAUCUCAAUCUUUCCAUACUUAUCGAUCACGUCACCUCCUUUGUCUCUAUUACCUAACUCCAUCCUUAAAAAUCCAAUCUUUCACCUUUCUUCUCCGAGAUUUCACUACACUGCGCAAUAAAAAAAUGGCGAAUACCCAACUCAAAUCCGAUGCAAUCAUGGACAUGAUGAAGGAACAUCUUUCCACCGACGCCGGGAAAGAGGUCACAGAGAAGAUCGGUCUUGUUUAUCAGAUCAACAUUGCUCCAAAGAAAUUAGGGUUUGAAGAGGUUACUUACAUCGUUGAUCUGAAGAAAGGCGAAGUCACCAAAGGGAAAUAUGAAGGAGGGAAAGUGGAUGCUACGUUCUCCUUCAAGGAUGAUGAUUUUGUCAAAGUUGCCACUGGAAAGAUGAAUCCUCAGAUGGCUUUCAUUAGGGGUGCGAUGAAGAUCAAGGGUAGUCUCAGUGCUGCGCAGAAAUUCACCCCUGACAUCUUCCCUAAACCUUCAAAGUUGUGAACACCAAAAAGAGUGGUAUGCAGCAAACCCUAAACUCAAGCUCAAUUUAUGUCUUCAAAGGGGUUGGCUUUUUAGUACAACUAGUCAGAAAUAAAGUUCUCUUCAAAGUAUCUUUGUAUUCUCUUUUAUCUUUGGAACAAAAAUAUUGGUAUUGGGUUUUAAUAAUAUGAAUCUUCUCUUUGAACAUCUUACUGUUGGCAAGUGUGUAUCAAUUCAUUACCUUUAUUUCCUAUGAGUGAAAUUAACAUAAUCAUACAUUGUAAAAUAAUUGUCCAAACUUAAGGAGUC